CGAAAAGAGCAAACCAGUAGAAAAUAGGGAUACUAAUACGACCGUUUCAUUUAACAAUGCUACCACUCGCACACACCACUCAAGCGAAAGUGACAAGGCCGAACUCGAUAUUAUCAUUGGCGAAAUUUGGGCAGUCUGGGAGGACUGUACUGUUCGUUUUGAAUUGCCAUCAUCGGAAAAAGAUAUUCUUGGCAUAAUUAGGGUGUGGCGAAGACGGGGGAAGGGUACGAAGCGUGUUAAUCCAUAUAUGGUAUAUCGCGCACUCUUAUCCAAAAACCUAAAUUAUAAGAAAAAGGAAUUUCAAAGUGGAGCCUUUCAAGGUUAUGUUAGCAAAUUCGCAGGUAGGACUUGGAAGGAAAGAUCUGACUCUGCUAAAAAGGCGAUAGAAAAUCUUGCGGCCGAAAUUAACAGGUAUGUAGAGGAAGAAAAUUUGAAACUCACUUAG